GCGAGGAACAGAAUUGAAAAUCAUCGAUUUGGAAAAUGCCGUAUUAUGCACUGGUGCCAUCUUCGAUAUCUUUUCAAGUUUUUGCUAGUUGGAAAACUGCAGGAUAUUGUUACUAUUAUGGGCAGCUGCUUGCCUAGUCCAUCGCCUCCGCAUCGUCCCCACUUCCAGCGGAAAUGUGCGAACUGGCGUGCAAAACUGCGUCUUACUAUGUACAACGGUUUCGCUCAGCAAAAUCCUCGUCAACCGAACCUGCUGUUCUCUCCGCUAUGCGCGGAGAUCGCAUUACUGAAGCUCUAUGCGGGUACAGCGGAUCCAUUAAUGAAAUCCCAUAUAUCAGAUUUGCUUGAAGUGGAUGCCGAAGCUUUGAUAAAGACGAUGUCAGCAGAGUUAGCCGAAAUAAAGGAAAAGGAGACAUAUGACUGUGAUUCUUAUAGCGGAAAAGACGAGAACUACCGUUUGUACUUGGCCAACAUCCUAGUUUUAUCCGAUGAUAUUCCCGUUAAUCAAAAGUACGCGGACGAUAUGAGAAGCUUAUUCAACGCCCUCUGCCUAUCGCGCGCGAGCGUUACCUGUACGGGAUCUCUAGAAGAUUUCCUCCGGAAACAAACGAUGGGAAAAGUGGCAGAAUGCGAUCUUAAAUCACCUUACAGCUUACCGGAUACGGCCACCUUUAGCCUGCUGAACGCAGUACAUUUCCACGCUAACUGGCACCGUACAUUCCGCGAGUUGGAAACGCAGAAAAAUUUACCAAAGCAAACGGCGACCGUAUUCAGGUGGAUAUGAUGCAUCUAAAAGUUUUCCGAUGUCCCUGUUGGAAACCUCCUGACGUCGGCGGGGCACUUGUUAUGGAGAUGCCGUUUGAGGAUUAUUUUUGGCAGGCUGUUUGUAUUCUACCUGGAUUGAUAAAAAAGCGAUUUUCUGGGAAGAAAAUUUGUCAGAGU